GUACUCGAGUCUUCUUCGUCUGCUUGUAGUUCGACGUCCCCGCGAGGAAAGGAAAGUCCUUUUUCAUCAUCUGCUUGAUUUGGGAAUCGGGAAUCGUCCCUCUCAGAGUAAACGAUAAAGCCUACCUACAGCACUAGCGUUGCAUACACAUUCCUCAUUUUUUUUUAUAUUUUUCUGAUCACUAUUACGACUUGUGGGACACCCUGUAUAUUGCGGAACAACCGCCGCAACUUGCGCUGCGAACAUCUUAAUCUGCAACAUACCACGCAACUGUGUUUUUCCAUUUAACGAAGCUUCAAAAGAACAUAUAAAUAAAUAUAACAAGUGAUUCUGAUAAAUAUAAACGUUAUUUUGGACGUAUCGUAUUUAGCCCUGACAGCAAAUCUUUGCAAAAACAACCGUUACAGCAAAAAAUCCCGAAUACCUUCUUAAAUAUCUUCCUAGAAUCUACCUGUUCCAAAUGGCAAUUAAAUGGAGUAAGAAGGAACCACCACUACAGGGAUUAAGACCAGGAGGGAUCUUAUAAAGGCCUGAAUAGAUGCAAAAUAUUUCAGUAUAAAGUUAUACCUUGACCCUUUUGGAUCAGUCGUCAUUUUCGAGUGUCGUGCAGUGCAGUGUAUAGCAAUGUCUUUUGGAAAAGCAAAGCGAUUCAACUACACGGAACCUGAUAUAGUGGUUUCUCCAGCCGAUUACAACGUAUUCUCUACUUAUUAUGGGGGCUACAGUAUUCCAAGAUGCCCUAGGUUCAAAUGCAUACAGGACAACCCCGAUUCACCAACCAGUUCCUGCAGGUGUUUGAAAUCGCACCAUAGGUUCGAGAGGCUGCACUCCUCAACUCCAAAUUCGGAGAGUACAUACAAGAAUCCAAUCAAAGCGCUGAUUGACAGAUAUAACAAAGAAGACAUCCAAAAUGCGACGUUCCACAAAGUUCCAAUUUCCGAAGCUGGAUCUUCUAAAGAAAACGUAUCUCCUUUGAAGAUGAAGUGCGGAAGUGAUCCUGGCAGUGAAGGUUUCAUCGACGACGACUAUAGCAGCUAUGCCAGUUCAGAGGAACUUGACACAUUGGCCAAGAUGGAACAAGACGAAUUCAACGUGGUUUGCAAAGAGUUCCAGAAAAUUCUGGAUAGAAAAAUAUUCAAAUCGACCAAGAGAGACACAGACUUCGAAACGUUGGUUUUGGCAAAACUGCAUUCAAUCGAAAACGAGAUGAAGGUAUUCAAAGAGAACGUUGGCGAAUUGAACAAAAACGUCCGUCAAACAACCCAUGCAGGUAUACAACUUAGUCAUUUGAAAGACGCUCAAAAUUAUUUCGGAAGUAAAGUGUCUCUGGUUCCGAAAAAUAAGCAGUCCGAGGUAAGAAACGUCAUACGGGCAGCUAUCCAACGCAUAUGCUACGAUCUUCAUAAUAAAAAAAAGCGGAUGGUCGAACAAAGUAAGGCUAAGAUCGCGGAGUUACUCCAGCAGAUGGACCAAGGCCAUAUCGAAGCUGAUGUUCAUGUCGAGCAGCUAUACGUUGAAGUAUCUAAGGAUUUAACCAAGAGAGUUAAUGAUGUUUUGAACAACGGAAGUGACGUUACAGGAGAUCAAGAGGAUUCUUUCAACUACGAGAAUAAUUGCGGCCGUCUACAGGUCUCCAAGACUGAAAACGGAAACCUUGAAAUGGAAAACAUGGAGAUGACUAUCACGCUUAAAAACACAAAGGAAACUCUAGAUUCUCAGACAUCACUAAUCAACAUGAUGUAUAACGAGUUGGAUGAACUGAAGGACGUCCUUAAGAAGAAUUGAAUUGACUAAACUGAUGUUGUGAUUCAUAUUUAAGAUUAAGAUACAUUGUAGUUUUAAUAUAAUUUGUGUGUAACGUAGCUUGUGAAUAGAUUUUGACGUUUUAACA